AUGCCUGACCAACAGCCUAGAGGAAUAUUAAGGAAUAAAUCAGUGAGCGAAGACAGUGCUCACUCCCCCCCGUUACCAAAUAAAUUAGAUAGACAAGAAGUUAUAAAGAAUACAAAGUUGAAUGCGCAAUUACAUGACGACUCAUCGAAAGGUGAAGAGAUUAGAGCUAAGAUAGCUCAAAAGAAGAGGGAACAAGGAUUGGAUGAACAUGACCAUUUGCCUGAACAUUUGAAAUGGGAUGAAGUGAACAUCUACAAGAAUGAGCAAGAAAAGAGUGCAACUAUGAAGAUAGAUGAACCAAAAACGCCCUAUGAGGGUGGUUUUAAUCCUGAAGGAGAGUACUAUAGAGAUGAUGAUGACGAUGAUGGUGGUGCCAAUGCAAAAGCAGCUGAAGAUGAGAUUCCAGUAUUUGAAUUGGGUGAAGGUGAGUAUGAUAAAUUGUCACAUGAUGUGAGUUCAUCGCUCCAUGGUGGACAAGUAUACAAGGAUGAAUCUCAAGCUGAUGAAGAUGCGGAUGCGGAAGAUGGCCAAGAAGAAGAAAGACCGUUAACGGCUGAAGAAAGGCACAAGAGGUUUGAGGAGAAGAGGAAAGAACACUAUCACAUGAAAGCACUCCCUUUAAAGCAAAAGAUAGAUAUACCAGAUGAAAAUUAG